AUGACGGUUGGAAGCAUAGAGAUAUUAAAGGAAAACAUCACCACACCACUUACCAAGAUAGACAAAGGAGAAGCAAAAAGACUUGAGAAAAAGUGCGUAGAGGCAUACCUUCCGAAAAGACAAACAGUGGAAGGAUUCGACUCAAAGGCAUAUAAGUUGAUGGCAAAGGCGGGUUAUGACUUUACAACUCUGAAAUCCGAGAAGAAAGGUGAUCACCUGAAAGACUUGAAGCUUGUACUUGAUCGCCUCAGGAAAUAUCAACUAAGAAUGAACCCUCUUAAAUGUGCAUUCAACGUAACUUCAGAAAAGUUUCUGGGAUUUAUAGUGAGACAUCGUGGAAUCAAAGUUAAUAACUCUAAAAUUGAUGCUAUCCAUAAGAUGCCAAGUUCGAAGAACCUGCAUGAGUUGAGACGAUUGCAAGGUCAUUUAGCUUACAUUAGGAGGUUUAUAUCUAAUCUUGCGGGUCGAUGUCAACCAUUACAGAGAUUGAUGAGGAAGGAAGCCUUUGAUUGGGACCAAACAUGUGAAAAUGCAUUUGAUAGCAUAAAAAAGUAUUGGCUCAUGAAGCUUUGCUUGGGGCAUUACUUGCACAAGAAAAUGAUAAGGGAGCCUUGGACCAUGUUCAUUGAUGGUGCGACACGAACAAGUGGAGUUGAUGUCAGCAUUGUCUUCAUUUCUCUCGAGAAACAUAUGUUUCCAUAUAGCUCCACACUUGGUGAGUUAUGUUCAAAUAAUGUGGUUAAGUACCAAGCCCUAAUCAUUGGCCUGCAAAUGGCUUCAAAAUUUAGGAUAAAAUACAUAGAAAUAUUCGGUGAUUUGAAAUUCCUCAUAAAUCAUCUCUUCUAUCAGUAUGAGGUAAAGCAUCAAGACUUGAAGCCUUACUUCAUUUAUGCUAGAAGAUUAAUGGACAAAUUCGACGACAUAAUAUUGGAGCAUAUAUCGAGAUCAGAAAUUAAGAAAACCGAUGCGCUUGCAAACUUAGCCAUUGCUUUAACAGUCUUAGAAGAUGUAUCAAUAAAUAUUUUUCUUUGCCAAAAGUGGAUCGUGCCCUCGAUUGAAAGUCAAUACGAAGAAGCUGAUGUGAUACCUGUGUAUACAAUUGAUGAAGAAGACUGGUGUCAGCCGAUUAUAGAUUAUUUGGAGCAUGAAAAACUUUUCAUCGAUCUUUAA